AAGGAAGGAAGCUGGGAACGAGCGAGCGAGCGGGGGCGCGAGGCGUUUACCUGGAGGCAGCGGCUUGGGCGCGCUGAGCGGCCGCGGCUCCCCCGCACCUGCGGCCAUGGAUGAGGAGCGCGCCCUCUACAUCGUCCGGGCCGGCGAGGCGGGGGCUAUCGAGCGGGUCCUGAGGGAUUACAGCGAUAAGCAUAGGGCUACUUUCAAAUUUGAAUCAACAGAUGAAGAUAAAAGAAAGAAACUCUGUGAAGGUAUAUUUAAAGUCCUUGUAAAGGACAUCCCAACAACAUGUCAAGUGUCUUGCCUGGAAGUUCUCCGCAUUCUCUCCAGAGACAAAAAGGUUUUAGUUCCUGUAACGACCAAGGAAAAUAUGCAGAUACUGCUGCGACUAGCCAAGCUAAAUGAGUCGGAUGAUUCUUUGGAGAAGGUGUCCGAGUUCCCAGUUAUUGUGGAGUCAUUAAAAUGUCUGUGUAACAUAGUGUUCAACAGUCAGAUGGCACAGCAGCUCAGCCUGGAACUGAACCUUGCUGCAAAGCUCUGUAACCUCCUGAGAAAGUGCAAGGACCGAAAGUUUAUUAGUGACAUUAAAUGCUUUGACUUGCGCUUGCUCUUCCUCCUGUCACUUUUGCACACCGACAUCAGGUCACAAUUGCGCUAUGAGCUUCAGGGACUAGCGCUGCUAACCCAGAUCUUGGAAAGUGCCUUUAGCAUCAAGUGGACCGAUGAGUAUGAAUCGGCCAUAGACCGUAAUGGACCUCCUCUCUCACCUCAGGAGACAGACUGUGCCAUCGAGGCCCUCAAAGCUCUCUUCAAUGUGACAGUAGACAGUUGGAAGGCACAUAAAGAGAGUGAUUCUCAUCAGUUCCGUGUCAUGGCAGCUGUCCUUCGCCAUUGUUUACUAAUCGUAGGUCCAACUGAAGACAAAACAGAAGAGCUGCACAGCAAUGCAGUCAACCUUUUAAGCAAUGUUCCGGUCUCUUGUUUGGAUGUUCUCAUUUGUCCAUUAACCCAUGAAGAAACAGCCCAAGAGGCAACGACUCUAGAUGAACUGCCCAAUGAUAAAACAGCUGAGAAAGAAACUGUUUUGAAAAACAAUACCAUGGUAUACAAUGGUAUGAAUAUGGAAGCCAUUCAUGUUUUACUCAAUUUUAUGGAGAAGAGAAUAGACAAGGGAAGCAGCUAUAGAGAAGGUCUAACUCCGGUUCUCAGCUUAUUAACAGAAUGUUCCCGAGCCCAUCGAAACAUCAGAAAAUUUCUCAAAGAUCAGGUUUUACCACCAUUGAGGGAUGUGACAAAUCGUCCUGAAGUUGGCUCAACUGUGAGAAAUAAGCUGGUGCGCCUCAUGACACAUGUUGACCUUGGAGUCAAGCAGAUUGCUGCUGAAUUCCUUUUUGUCCUUUGCAAAGAGAGAGUGGAUAGCCUGCUGAAAUACACUGGCUAUGGGAAUGCUGCAGGACUGUUGGCGGCCAGGGGCCUCUUGGCUGGAGGAAGAGGAGAUAAUUGGUACUCAGAGGACGAGGACACAGACACUGAAGAAUACAAAAAUGCAAAACCAAACAUUAAUCUUAUCACUGGUCAUUUAGAGGAACCAAUGCCAAACCCCAUAGAUGAAAUGACAGAAGAACAAAAAGAAUAUGAAGCCAUGAAACUUGUCAACAUGCUUGAUAAACUCUCCAGGAGAGCAGAUGUGAAGGACCCGCACCAGGAUGGUGGUUAGCAACAGUGGCCCGUGCCAAAGCACUUACCAAAGUGAUGAUUAAGGUUGGUCAUGCCAAGUACUGUUACUGAGCCUGGUGUAGGGUGUAGAUGUCAUCUACUACCAAAACUGUAAAACCACCGAUUCAAAAAUUAAAGUCACAUUUCCAUUUUGCCUCCAUGCUGGACAUAGUGACUGCCACAAGGAGCUCACCACCUUGGCAGCUUUAUCACAGCUACAUUUCCAAGGACACUGGAGAGAUUCGUGUUCCAACAUUUUCUUCCCGUUGAAUACCAGCUGACUUAGUAAUACUCCUAGUGAUUGUGUGUGUGUGUGUGUGUGUGUGUGUGUGUGUGGAUUGUAUUUGUGACAGAUGUAGGUAAGGGGAUUGGCAGUAGACCUGGAGGUCUUAAGAGUUUGAAAAUAAUCUGAACCCUGUAAAUCCCAUCAUGUCUAGCUAGUACAGUGCCUUGUACCCUGUGGUUUCCCUAGUGUGUGAUGAGGAAAUAAUGAACACAGCUGAUCCCCAAAUCUGUUGGGCAGCUUUUGGCUCUAUAAAAUACCCUAUGUGGUUUAAGACUUUAAACUUUACCUUUGUCAGUUCCAUUUCUUGGCCAGAUAUAAUGACUAAUUUGAAUCUUGGGGUACAUAAUUUCUCUAAAAUUAUCAUUGUAAUAUGUAGCAAACAAACAUAAGCAUUAAGGCCUGAGGCAGGAGAUUAAAAAUGUCAAAUGAAGCUUUCUAUAAUGUGAGAGCAGAGCUGAAAAAGGGAAUGAAAUUUGCCUUCCUCUCCACCUGCUCUUUCCUUCUUUGAAUUGGAAAAAAAAAUAAGCCCCCACAACUUAAGUGGGGGAUUAGAAUGGGGACUGUGUGUGUAUACGCAAGUCCAGUGUGGCUAAUACAAUUGCGUCCACCUUAGCUACAGCACACAGCUCGUGUGUAAUAAUGACGCCUCCUCCAGAAGAAGGGAGAGAGGAUUGAUUGGCUUAAGCGUAAACGAACCAAAGGAAAUAAUAUUUCAAGUUUCAGUUUUGUUUUGAUUUUCUAAUCCCCUUUAGUUCCUUAAUUGGAAUCAGGCACUGAUUAGUCUUCUACCCCACCCUUACCCGGUCACAUUUAACAACAUUUAACAAUGUACAUUGAUUGCUUUUUGCUUAUAUAUUUUAUCCAAAUCUAAAAUUUACAUUUAAAUAAUUUUCCCAUUUCUUAUCUAUUCCAUAUCAUAUAUAUUUUUUUUACAGCCAUUGUGUAGUAUUUGGGACAUGGCUUUCUUAAUUAAUGCAGGUUCCAAAUAUGGGAUUCUGUUUAGACUUACUAAAGCUGGGACGAGCAAUCAAUGACUGAAAAGCAAUACAUAACUUUAUUCCUUAUGAAUAAGUUACUC